CCACUGCAGCUGGUGGCCAUGCUGCGGGGCAUCGCGGCCGGGAUGCGGUACCUGGCCGAGACCGGCUUCGUCCACCGCGACCUGGCCGCCCGCAACAUCCUGGUGGACGCCCAGCUGGUCUGCAAGGUCUCUGACUUCGGGCUCUCCCGCGCCCUGGAGGAGGAGAGCUCGGCUGAUCCCACCUACACCAGCUCCCUGGGGGGGAAGAUCCCGAUCCGGUGGACGGCGCCGGAGGCCAUCGCCUUCCGCAAGUUCACCUCGGCCAGCGACGCCUGGAGCUACGGCAUCGUCAUGUGGGAGGUGAUGUCCUUCGGCGAGCGACCCUACUGGGACAUGUCCAACCAGGAUGUGAUCAACGCCAUCGAGCAGGAUUACCGGCUGCCGCCGCCACCCCGCUGCCCCACGGCACUGCACCGCCUGAUGCUGGACUGUUGGCAACGCGACCGCAACGCCCGGCCCCGCUUCCCCGACAUCGUCAGCGCCCUCGACCGCCUCAUCCGCCACCCC